AUGCCAUCGCUGGCGUCGCCUUCGUCGCUCUUUUGCUCCGUCGGCUUACAGGCAACGGGCGUGCAAUUGAUGCGCACGCGACUGCUGUCCACCGCCUUAACGCGCCAUGUAGAGGACGUGGAUGACGUGGAAAUCGCUGAUCUACGGUCGCUCUCGUCAUCUGCCACAUCGUCUACGACCCCUUCCCAUUCAACGUGUGAUCCGUAUUCCCAGCUAGAGACAGAGUUUGCCGAAGCGGUUCUAUUCGUGGAGAGCUAUCAAGGACCGCACCGUAUCCUGACGCAGGAGAACUCGUCGCCCAGGAAGGACUUGUACGCCUACUACCAGCAAGCGACAGUCGGCCCAUGUCCAACCACGACGGCGUCAGACGAGUGGAGCAAACUGGAGCUGGAGAAGUGGGAGAAAUGGCGUAAAUUGGGGUUGACGACGAGACACGAGGCCAUGCAGCGCUACGUCACGGCGCUGGACAAUCUCGUGGACGAGUGGCGGCGCAGCGCUGAGUUACAGAGCGCCUUAGCUCGUAAACGAAGCUUGGACACCUCAGCUGUUCGAUCAGUCUCUGAUGCGGGCUCGGCAGUGUCAAACCAAUUGAAGUGGUCUGUUAGCAUGCCUGGGCGGUCGCCUCGGGUGUACGAUGAACUGGGAGAGCUGCAGGACCGCUUGGACGACGAGACGAAGAAGCGUGACGAGCUGGAAGCUCACUUGCUGCACUUAAUGCGCGACAAUCGCUGCAUCUUGAAUGAGCAAAUGGAGCAGGCCAGCAAGGGCUUAGUGACGCUGGUCAAGACCCUUGAAGACGAUGUGACGCAGCACUCGACUCAACUGCAGCAGUUGACGUUGCGACAGCAACAACUCGCGGCUCGAGCAGAGAACUCGGUCCUCUUGGCAGCCGAAGUUCGAAUCCGGUGCGUGUUUUUUACUGUGCGGAAGUGGGUGCACAGCCGCUCCAUCCGUGCAGCGUUCGUCAUGCUCAUUGGACUUCAAGCAUGGCACUUCCUACGGCGUCGCCGCCUGCCACAAUUUGUUGCGCGGAUCCUGAUCCAUUGGCUGGCCAAAGUCUCGUCGCUGGACGGUGACCCAGCAUUAUCCUCCGUAAUUAUUCGACACUGA